UCUCCUCUUCUUCCUAUCUUGUGCUGUGACUGUCGCCGCUCUUGCUCAAUACAUGGCUUCUAUACCUAUGAGCGAGAAGGCGCGAGGCAAGCAGCGUGCCCCAUUAGAGGAAUUACAAAAUCAAGCGCCUCGGAAUCGGCCUAUAACAAUCCGAUUCACUGAGGGUGUUCCCGACUUAACACUACGCAUCCAGGAACACGACGCCAUUCGUGACAUCAAAAAGCAGAUACGUGAAUAUAGACCACAACUCAAGAAUAGAAGAUUACGACUGAUCUAUCUCGGUCGCUUGCUUACCGAUGGCAUCAUCUUCUACGACUGGCUCGCAACGCUCGAGGAACGACAACGUCGAGCAGCACCACAAGCCUUUGCCACCGAGCUACGUGAGGUUUUGGUGGACGGUGCCGCAAGUACGGACUUGAAAGGAAAGGGCAGACAGAAGUCUAAGGAUGCGAAGGACGAGGAAAUCACUUGGUUGCACUGCAGCAUUGGUGCCGAAAUGGAAGUGGAUGGAGAAGAGGAGCGAGCACAGACUGCACAGAUAGCACCAUUACGAGGUUUUGAUCGACUAGCGAAUGCCGGGUUUACACCCGAGGAUAUUGAAGUGAUGCGACGACAGUUCUAUGCCAGUCGAGGGGAAACCCUCGAGUCGGAAGAUCGUGAAGGGGAUGAUGCGGAAGAGCAUGCCCGAGCGUUGGAAGAGCAGUGGAUAGACGACAUCGAUAACCAAGUGGCUGCUGCAGAUCCUUUUUCAGACGGUGCAGAAGGAGAAGGAGUGUAUAUGACGACACUGCAAGGCCUCCUCACCGGUUUCUUCUUUCCCCUCAUGCCAUUCUAUUUCAUGCGUCAACCGCCGCCACCGACGAUGUUCACAGAAAGGGAGCUUAACCCUGACACGCCAUUCCCCGACCUCGUGCCAACUGUGAUAUUUUCUCGCCGCAUGCAGGUAGCAAUCAUCCUGGGGUUAGUUGCCAAUAUCAGCUACGCAUUUUUGCGCAUGUUCCACUAG